AUGCACAUCCAACUCCCAGCCCAGACCAGGGCUCUCUCGAUCCCCGAGAUCGUAAUAUCAAUCCUCCACCAAAUGGACAUGCAAACCCUAAUGGCCGCCCAACGUGUCUGUCACGCCUGGGCAGACCAAAUCCGCAGAUCACGCUCACUACAAAAAGCCCUAUUCUUCAUCCCAGCCAGCGAGAAAAGCGGGGCAGACGCACGAGUCUACAACCCCAUGCUAGCACGAGCAUUCCCCUCUGCAUUUCCAUCAGAAGACCUGCGAGAUGCCAGCAAUGCAAGUGACAGAAUAGAGGACGUUAGCCUCAGUGAUUUCGAUCUCACAAAAAGCCCGGCUAAGAGAGAGAUGUAUCUCCAGCCCGAAGCGAGCUGGCGGCGUAUGCUGACGCAACAACCGCCGGUCUUCACGGUCGGGCUGUUUAGCAUGGGUGCAGGGCCAAUGGGUCUUUCUUGGCACCAAGAGAAGGCAACACGGCAAGAUGAGGGAUUGCGUAUGGGGGCUUUAUUUGAGUGGCUUGUUCGUUUGGGACGUCAUGAGUGGAAUUCCGCGACGAUUGCGAUUUGUCUGGGCGGAGCUGAGCCUGUUAAUAUGCCACUUGAGAUUAUGCGUCCGUGCACGUCGGUCUUUACGGAUGGGAUUAAUGGGGAUUGGAGGGGUAUGGCUGCGGACUUUGAUCUUGUGCUUAUGACGAGCUCUGUGAGUACGUGUGUUGAUCCAGAGGGGCCGGAUGAUCCUGGUUGGGUGAAGAGUAGCGAUGAGAUUGCUUGGGAGGAGAUUUGUGAGACUUAUUUCGAGUUGGGAUUGACUGUGGGGGAGUUGAAGAUGGAAACUUAUAAUGAGGGAGGGGCGUGGUGGAAUUAG